UACGUUUCCUUUUUUUUAUUGAGUGAAUUCAAAUUUACCUUUUAGGUCCAUGCUAAAAAUAAUACGAUCUAGAAAGCCUGAAGAUCAUACAUCAACAAGACAAUAAAGUCAGUAAACAAAUACUAUCUAACUCAUAACAUACAUAUAUUUAUUCCACAACAACAAAAUGGCAAAAUAUUUGAAAAAGGAUAUUGAGAUCAAACAAGAUCGGAUGCUACCAAACCAAACUCUCAGUUAUGGUUUAAUGAAGACACUCAGGUCGGAUACUCCAAUCCCCAUGCCCCAAAAGAAACUCGAUGCUUCAACCCUUUCGGAAAGGUUGCAGACUAUGCACCAAAAUAUCUCAAUUACUAAUGAAAGUGAGGAAGGAUACCGAAGAGAAUCGUUUUUUUUGGAAUCGGUGCCAGUAGAUAAGAUGACCUUUGAGAUGAAACGGAAACUGUUUGAUAAAGCCGAGUUUACCAUUACUCGGGGCCAGAAACUCAGUGACAUCUAUCAUCCCGUGAAAUCAGAUAUAAAUCUGGACCUAAAUGAUCCAGCACAGCAGACUCUAGAAGAAAUAAAGGCAUACUGUCGCCAAAUGAACAUAAAGUUCUCUAAAUAACUUGUAUUUCAAUUUCAUUUUUUAUUUUGUCUACUGCAGCGGGUAAUAAUAAACGCCAGGAUUUAA